GUUGUGUCUUCGCGCUUGCCUCAGUUUCCCUCGAAGCAGGCACAGGAAUCUCUGCAGAAUGGCAACUGCUCAGAAGCAAAGGAAUUCUGUGAGUGCAGUUGUAUUUCCCAAGAAAAUUGCCACGGAGCAGCAAUCCCUGAUGCUGGUGAAGAGGCUCCUGGCAGUGGCAGUGUCCUGCAUCACUUACCUGAGGGGAAUCUUCCCUGAAAGUGCCUAUGGAACCAGAUACAUGGAUGAUGUUUGUGUGAAAAUUCUGCGGGAAGACAAAAACUCUCCUGGCUCUAGCCAGCUGGUGAAAUGGAUGUUGGGAUGCUAUGAUGCCUUGCAGAAGAAAUACCUGAGACAGAUUGUCCUAGCAGUUUAUACCCAGACAGAAGAGCCUCAGACAGUCACUGAGUGUUACCACUUCAAGUUCAAGUACACCCACAAUGGGCCACUCCUGGAUUUUGGCAGCAAGGACAAGUCGGAGUGCCCCAUCAGCUGUGCAGACACCAAGAGGGCCAGCAUCCUCCUCAUCCGCAAGAUCUACAUCCUGAUGCAGAACCUGAGCCCCCUGCCCAGCGACGUCUGCCUCACCAUGAAACUCCUCUACUAUGAUGAGGUUACCCCCCCUGAUUACCAACCCCCAGGCUUCAAGGAGGCCAAGGAUGAGGGGCUGCUGUUCCAGGAGGAGCCCAUGUACCUGAACGUGGGGGAAGUGCCAACUCCUUUCCACCUGCUGAAACUGAAAAUCACCACCGAGAGACAGCGCAUGGAGAAUGUUGAUAAGAGCAUCCUAAAGCAGGGAGAGACUGCUGAGCCUCUCCAGGUGUGUGGGGUGAGCAGAGAUGACCCAGAGGAGGAGAGCCAGGACAUGAAUGAGGAUCCUGCCUUGGAUAAUGAAGUGGAAGAUAAGAAUCAUGUGAAUAUUUCAGAAGCUCAAGGAAAGAAUUCAGCUCAUGGAGAUGAAGCUGGAGGGAUCCAGACUCCUGCCCAUGUUUCCAAUCCUCAGGUUGAUCACUUGACCCGAAAAACAUCUGAGCUGAUUGUGUCAGAGAGCAGGACAAGAAGUGGAAAGAUAUUCCAAAGCUGCAUUCUGCACCAGGCUGAGCCCUCCUCCAGCCAGGAGGUGCUGCCCAAGAGGAGGAAGCUCAGCGAGCCCAAGGAGCAGUUUUAGUGUCCAAAAGGAGGAAAUUCAGCAAUUCCAAGGAGCAGUUUUAGUGCCCAAAAGGAGGAAAUUCAGCAAUUCCAAGGAGCAGU